GGUCGAAAAGGACGUGGUUCAAUAUUUGUUUUUGGUGCGGGAAAUGGUGGAUAUUCAAAAGACAGCUGUUCCUUUAAUGGUCUUAUAAACAGUAUAUACACUAUUGGCAUAACUGGUGUCAAUAAAGACGGUUCAGUUCCACGCUAUGGGGAACGUUGUCCAGGAAUCAUGGCAGUAACUUACAGUAAAGAAAUCUUUACUCGGGUAGAUAAAGUGGUAAGUUACCCUCAUGCAGCAGUACCAGACCAAUAUUUCAGGUUGUUGGCGGAGCCUCCGCGCGCGCGAAGCGGAGCGCCAUGGGUAAUAACAUUUGGUAAACUAUCCAUCCGAGAAAAAUUUGGUUAUGACGUCACAGUACGUCCGUACGGACUUUCCGGGUAGGGGUAAGUAGAAACGAAUUCCUCCUCUCUCCCUUAGAGAGUUUUGUGCCCUAUUGUUUCAACAGCCUUUAGAAAUGAUUGAAAAAUCAGAAUCUGUCAACUGACCAAAUGUUUGGUGGAUUUUAGGGGCCGGCCAUUUGACUUUUGAGGGGGUUAUGGGUGAUUUCCGAAAAAAUGUCCUGCGGACUGAUUUCGAGAGGAAAAAAGCAUGGAAAUAAAUUCCUGGGAGAAAAAUAUCCUGCACUGAAAAAAAUAUCGCUCAUGACUUACAAUGCUGAGAAAAAAACUUUACGCCGUUAUAUGUCGUGGAAAAAAUUUCUAACUGCAGAGAGGUUUGGGAAAAAAUUCUUCUAAUACAAGCUAAAUCAGUAAAAUCACCCAUACCCCACUCCACCACAAACGUCCAAUGGUCAUGUCAACCAUUUAGGCGUUGAAGGAAGAAAAAACGGAUCUGACACCUUUGUAAUUGUCAUCCAUCAGCAAAAUGGCUGGCGCGCGUCCAUGAUGUGGUGGUUUUCAAGACUAAAGGUUUGCAUUUCAAGAUUGAAAAUACGUCGAUAAAAGACAAAUGGAAAGAGAAAGUUCAAAAGAAUGCUCAGUUCCCUUUUUGUGGACAAACGAAAUCUUUUCUCCAUGAAAUUGUCUUUCGAGGAAUUCAACCUUGUUUUUUACACGGCGGAUCGCAGCGCUUGGCUUGUUCUGAACCAACCAAGGUAGCAAGGUUUCUGAAGACUCUUGAGGUACAUUCCGUACCCUAUGAUCAAAGAAACGUACGUUUUUAAAAAGGAAUUUUUGUGUUUAUAAAGGUUUCAUAGACGUUUUCUACAUUUUGACGUCGGCGUGAAAGAAAAACCACAAAAUGUGCUUUUGAAAUUGAUUUUUUUACCAUGUGCUCGACCGAUUUAACUUGCGUUAACGCAACGAUUUAACUUGUCUUAAGCGAAUUGCUUGUUAGGAUUAACGUAUGGGAUUUUGAAUAAAAUUUUUCAAGAAAGUAAGUUAUUUAUCUGUCAUUGUUCAUUCAUUACAGCUCAAAAAACGACCAUGAGACUACAGAUCGUGAGAUUUUUUCGGACGGGCCCUUUCUUGAAUUAAAACUGAAGUGUUGUUUUUGUACGUGUUCCGCAUUGAAUUGCUAUUCAUUUUCUCAUUCAUUACUUGCCAUUUAAGAAUAUUGCAGUGUGUAGAAUUCAAGAAUUUCUUGUGCCCUGAAUACCGCUUGAAUUUUGCGUUCGCGUUUGUUUUCAGUUGUUUGUUUACGGCGUUAUAUUCUCACUGAAAAGUGAGCUUAUCUAAAAAAAUGAAAGAGUUCUCCUCUAUUCUAAAACGGACAGACUCGCCGGCUUUUCGAUGCCGAGUUUGUCUUUUUUUUAAAUAAAAAAAGUUGUAAGUUGCUGUAUUAACCGACCGACCAACCACCCGAGCGACCUAUCCAUCCGCACCACAGGGAAACUAAUGUGUACUCUUACACUUUCCAGCUAGUUUGGGAGCCCAGGAGAAAACUGAUUGCACGUCAAUGUUGUGAUCAAUUGACAGCUGUCGAUUUUUUUUGUAAUAUCCGCUGACACGUUUUCAAAUGAUCGCAUGCUGAAGUUUCUUUCUUUUUUUUAAUUCAUAUGAAAUAUGUUGUGUUUGUGUCACUAUGGCUCUGCACUAUUAAGAUUUUGAUUUCAAACUGACCUCGGACGCAAAAAUUCAGCCAUUUAUUUAAAAAUACAGGCGGGGAAGACCUUUUCUUACCAUGUUCACGCGUGGGUCACGCUCUAUGUCCAAUUUUUAUUGUCUGAUUGGUCAACAUUUGACAGGUGAGUUCAUGCGGAAAAUUUAUGCAGCAUCUUGAAACUUGUUUACUUUGACAGCUGAAGCUGACAGAGUUUUAUGUCAACUUGUAAUGUUUUUAACUGUUUUUUACCAGUGGGUGUCCAAAAUGAAAAACAGGUGCUAUCAAGAGUCUUCUGUUAUUCAUGGCUGGUUUGUUUAUUGGGUUUUGGGUUGAGAAAUGCGUCGCUUAUCAAAGUCGGAAAUCCGAUUUCGGAUGGCAUCGUUUUUGUGUUCACCUUGCUUGAUGCGUAAGAGGGUUUAAAAGGCUCAAGCGAUUCUGCCCUUACUUGAUAGCUUUCAGGAGCUGCAUCUCGAAUGGUAAGCCUGAGUAAUUAUUGUAUUUGAUGUUUUUUUUUUAUAUCUAAUUUGGUGAAGUCGAGCACAGUUUAUGCGGCAAGUUUAUUUGAGACAAUGAUCUGACCGAGUAUCAGGCUUGAUCUAAGCUUAAAGAACUUUAAAAAGCCUUUAGAUAUAUUUUCUCGCCGCAGAUAGAAAGAAAACGUUUCGAAGAAUAUUUAGCUAUAAAUUUGGCUGUAGAAGGAAAACUUUGAGCGAUUGUCUUGCGUUGAGUUGAUCUUUUAAAAAAAGCAAACACCGGCAGGGCGGCUUAAAACAUAAACUUAAGCUUUAAGCUUAAAGACUUAGAAAUUUUUAGAGACACUUAAAUACCUCUCUUCGUGAAUGAAAAUUGUUGUCUCUGUAAAUGUUUCACCGAAUUAUAUUUCUUUUAUUGAUUGUUAGUAGUCUCUCUUGCAAUUUUAAUCGCUGUGCCGUUUGUUUUCAGUCGUUCUUGAACAUCGCUUGCAGGAGCACUCAAAAUGCCGCACGUAUCAAACGCUUUUUAAGAUUACACAUCGUUAAAAAACCAUUAACCAAAAAAAAAAUAAACGUAAUAAAUUAUUUAUGUUGAAGCGUAACUCUAUUAAUGUUCAUUCAAACACUCGACCAUAGACUUUCCCAGAGUCCUUCGCUUCUGAUUUCCGGUUUCGGUAGUUGACCCCAGCACAAAGGACUUUUAUCACCUGUAGCGCGCCAAAUUUACAAGAGGAAUUUUCCUCCUGUAGGUUUUAUCCAAUCAUGAAUGGUUUUACUGAUGCGCCGUCAAUCAAACCCAAUCACGCCCAUGGAACGUGACUUGAACUGUUUUGAUCCAAAUUCAAUUGAACUGUGUAUUUUGUACUGGCUGUAUUUCGAUUUCGUUUUAUUGCCUGUAUUCAAAUACAAAGCUUUAAAGGGCGUUUUAUCCUCCUCCAUUUGACUACUUUACCAAGGUCAGAUUUUCCUGGUAGCCAUGGAGCGAAAAAACAUUACCGACUUGUUUUGUUUUGAGCGCGCGUACUUGAAAGUUUUUAUUUUUUAAUGUUUUCUUUCAUGGCGUAUGCAAACCUUGCAACGAGCCCGAAACGUCUGGAGAUUGAACUCACAAAUAUCACAGGACGACACUUUUGUUCAUUGCCCGUUUUUUGUAUUGAACAUUCUUUUAUUUAUUUUAUUUACUUUCUCUUAUCGGAAUUUUUUUCGUUAUUUGUUUGUUUUGACAUACUUUGACAGCUCGCGACAGUACAGGCUCGCGACAACACACGCGACAGGGACGCAAAUAGUUCGCGGCAAAAUGACGUCACUUGGUGCGAUUUUUCGCAGGGGAAACAAGUUGAGCUCUCGCUCUUUCGCUCGCUUUUGCCGCAGAAAACAUAAAAAAUUUACCACUCGGGCUUCGCGCUCGUGAACAAAUUUCAGCUCGACUUGUAGGCAAGUCUAACUCGACCACAACUCGCACUGCAAAUUUGGUGCCUGUCGAAAGGGACAACUUUAUGGCCGUAUAGGUGAUUUUGAAAACUUUUUGAAUGGUUUCGCUGAAAACCCACGAUUGAUUGUCCUGAAUAUCGACUGAGUGCAAUUUGUCUUGAAAAAUUGUGAAAUAUUGCAUUCUGCAAGGUCUGUAUGAUAAAUAGUACUGUUUCGCCUCAGAUGUGAUGUAUAAAAAGUGUAAAAGGUUGGUUUACACACCCCCCGAUUUGUUGGCAAGAUUUUGUAAAGUAAACUUGUCGAACACAAAGAAUUUGGCCCGAUUUGUUUUCCAGGCCUAAUCUACUGUGAUCAAGAGCCAUUAUGGCUCUUGUAUGUGAUCGAAGAUGAUUGCUGUUUUUUGGGUGCACACAUAAGGCUAUCAACUCGAUGUCAGCACAGGUAGCCCAAGCUCACUAUGAGAGCCCUGAACAACAUUAUCCUACUUAGCUAAUUAAUUAUUCAUACAGCAAGAAAAUUAUAAGACGUUGUAUGGAGAAAUAUUCUUUGCUCACUAAAUUAGCAAAAUGUACAUUGAAUGUCGCUUUGAAGCUUACUUUUAGCGUCUUCUUGUUUUUCUUUGUAUUCUGACUGCAUUUCAGACCUCCUAGGCACUGUUUAAGGCCUUUUUGGGAGCGACAGUUUUUCACCCAGAUGACAGUAGAGAGAAGAGAAGAGAAGGUUGGCAAACCUCUCUUGACCGGCUCCACUCUCGGCGGCGAUAAAUUCCGUGACAUUUGCGACAUGGAGACAAUUCUGCCAGAAACAGAUGUCCUGAUAAAUAACGCACAUUUUCCAUCAUUCACAUCGCCAAAAUUCCCAUUUCGAAGGUCCUAAAUCGCCAACGAAGUGGGCAAUACACGGCUGAGGUUAGGCGAGUCGAGAGCAGACCCGCAACGGACUCCAACCGUCAAGUCGACAAUUUCAAACCGACGCGGGCUGGCAGGGUCAAAUUGUUCAACUGUCAAAGGACAAUUGGAGCAUUUAGCCUACUGGGCACAGUAACUGAUUUUUUUUUGGUAGUAGAACCAUUGGUAGUCCUGAUGUGUGCGAACUCAGCGUAAAGCAGAUUCUCGUAGAGAUCACUAUCAGGAAUGAGUAGGGAAGUGAACAGGAAAGAGUGUCAUCAACCACAGUUACCCAGUUAGCUCAUAUAGAUCCAUGAACUUAGACAAAAGUUAGGUAGUUGAUUAUGAUGAAGACGAUCGGAUAGGCCUGCCAAAUAUUCAGUGGGCCUUCUGGCGAAAAGCUGCCGCGAUCGGACUGCACUAAACUGUGCCUGACGAAGUUGUCCAAAAACCUAGUGGUGGACAGUAUGUGCCUCAGCCAGAUGGCCAGGACACGACAGAGAUUGGCCGCUUUGCAGAAGUAGUAAUCCGGGAGAGUUGCUCGGUAUCAUUUUUUAAUGUACACAAAGGUAGGUACAGGGGAGCUAGUGUGGUGGAGGAUCCCUGCCUUACGACAAAAUAUGUAGAGUAUCCCCUGACAAUGUACAUUGUUCGUGAACUUGCUUGUGACAAGAAAGAAAAACUCGUUAUAGGCAAUAGACUGCUAGAUGCGGUCCUAAGGGCUGUAAAACUAGUGGCCGUAGAAGUGAAAGCCAUAGUCUUCAGAUCUUGCUGCGUCACUUAGUCGUGGACUUCAAAAGCUGGGUCGCAAUAUUGCCGGCUAAAGCGAAAACAUCAUUCCCGGAUUACAGGGACCGCUGACACUACUUGAGUUCCAAAUUAAAUUCCCUGCGGCUGGUUUGGGUCCUAUUUAUUGCAGAAGUAACAUAUAAAUAGGCUGCUGUUACCUGCUGUUUGGAAAAAGGAGCUCAUGCUCCUCCCCGAAAAGACAGCUGGACGCACGAUCAUUGCCUGAUAUAAUUGGACGAGCAACAUAAAUAAAUUUUGUUAGCGCAGCUUUCAAACCGCAGAUGCGAAGCUGUUGUUUGAUUUAGCGUACGAUCCUUUCGUUGGGAAUCCUGAAAUAAUUACAAAGAAAACAGUCGAGAAGCUUUAAAUGGUAUGGUGUUUUUGUUAUUCAACCAAUCAGUACUGGAUCAUUCGUUAUUUUCUAGUUUGCAACGAUGGUUUUUGACAGCUAAGAUAAAAGAGACGACUUCCAAGUCCAUUCCUGUUGUAAUUUCAUCCCUAACUUUACCAAUGCAAGAUCAAUGGAAAUACCUUAAAGUAGUACGUAUGACCAAAGCGACGACGAGGCAAAACACAACAUGUGUUUGGUAUCUGUUGACACUGCCAAUUUCCAGCGUUUCGUAACGACUCACAAUUAGUACGGACUUUAAGAUACGGCGACUACGGACUACGAGUACGGAUAAGCAUGCUACUGCGCAUGAUCAGAACCACGCGACUGUUCAUUUUUCCCACGUAGUCCAGCGGGUACGGUGAGUUGUCGAGCUCUUUCGCGUAGUCGCGACUACGGAGAACAUUUUGCUCGUAUUUUGCCAUCUCGGUAAUUCUAGAAUCUCGUUUUUUCGUAAAAAAGUUUUCAAUUCACCUGCGUUAAGUGAGAGGCAAGCGAAAUCUGUAAGUUGUGUCUAAUUUCUGCUCAGAUUUACGCUUUUAAUAUACUCGAACCAUUUAAAGUUAUGACUACAUUUUUAUCAAAAACUAAAAUAAGCUUAGCUGUUUAUACGCGGAAUUCAGAUUGACGGCCGAGCACAGAAAUCAUGAAGGUAAUUUACUUUCUCUUCGCACUUGAAAAGUUUCAAUUACAAUGGAAAAUCUGUCCAUUUGCUACUAUAUAUAUUAAUUAUAUUAAUUACAGAACUGGAAAGAGCUAUACAAUUAACUACGAACUGGACUGUAAUAGUAGUAAUGUUGUCUACUUGUUGUCCUGUAAGGUUUGUCAUGUGCAGUACGUUGGGUCAGCAACAACAAAAUUUGGGCUUAGUUUCACAAUCCUAAGGCCCGUUUUAGAGCGCAUUCAGGGCUUUCUUUUGAGGGUAGAAACAAGGAUGAUCUUUUAUGUAGACAUUUUUCUGGCCCGGGACACCAUGGUCUUGAGGAUAUCAGUAUACAGUUAAUUGACAGAGUGUCCGGGGAAGAAUCAGCUCUCCGGGAUAAAGAAGGCCAGUGGGCCUAUAGGUUUAACUGUAUUCAGCCUCAGGGCUUGAAUAUAAGUGAUUUUUUUUACAACCAGAAUAGGGCGACUAGGUCUCGCGUCCGGUAUAUAUAGUAGCGAAUGGAACAGCAUUUUCCAAAAUUUCGAAUAAAGAGGACAACCUCUGGGGGUAUUCCCAAAUUUUUGAAAUUUUUUUCCCGGAAGAUUCCUUUUCAUUCAUCUUUGCUCCCCGAAUUUCCAGAAUUUUCGGUUGAAUGGUUCGCAUUUCGGAAAUUCAACAGUUUCUGGAAUUUCUGGAAACUUUUCCGGGAAAUUUCUGUACCAUUUGCCGCUGUUUCCAAAUUUUCGAAAGUUUUCGUUGAAUGGAAAGCGACCCAAGUUUUCCAACAAAAGAUCCAAUCCAAAAAGCUUCAGUUUUUUUAUUGUUGUGCCUGAGGCCUGAGGCUUUGCACUGAGCAUUCCAAAGUUUUCUGGGCUUCAAGAAGUGAUUUUUCUGAGCCAUUAACGAUGAGGGUUGUGUCGUCAGCGUAUUUACUUAUCUUAAACUCAGUAUCUUUGACAAAUAGAUCGCUAAUGUCACCAUUUUUCCUAAUUGCUUUGGCAAGAAUCUUGGCGGGAAAAAAUGAAGAGGUAAUGAGUUUCCUUAGUUUGCUUGGCAUGCUAAAACGCAUCGAAUGCCCGCGUCAUUCGCAAAAACACACAACACACACACAUUACUGGGACUGUCGAUUUGGGGGGUGGGGGAGGGGGAAGAAAAACUAAUAAGAUUUUUGUUGGGGGAAAGGUGUAGAUAAAUUUCUACGGUGUUAAAAGAUAUUUGAAAGUUUGUCUGCUCUGUGAAAUAUUUACUUAACAAAACUCCAAUUUUCAAGGAAAAAAUUGUUCCCAAAAGUUCAAUUUUUGGCCUGAAUUUGCCAGCAGCCUCCUGAUGCCCAGUAUGAAGAAAGGUUUUUAUUGACCAUUUUCAAUUUUGCUCAAGCCUUUGUAAUAUUCGUUCUUAAAAUCUUGGUAUGACCCUAAGUAAAAAUUAAUUUCGUCACCUUGUUAAUUUGCGAUUCUGACCACAGAUUACAGCAAGCCAUUAUGGAGAAUGUACAGACAGUUUCUCUGCCAGCUCUGCUGCUACUGCCAUGGCAUCUGGACUCAUUGCUUUGGCUCUUGAAUCAAAGUAGGUUCAUAUACAAUAAACGAUGAAGUAACAUGUUAUUUAGCAUUCCAUUUUGGAUAAUAGUGGAUUGCUUUUUUUAGUUUGUGUGGGUGAGUUCAACUUGUAUUACGCGAUUGAGUAAGUUACAGUCACAGGGAGAGUGAUUUAAAGGCCAUAUAAGAAAGCGAGAUUGGCACAUCCGAGAGCAGUAGGUAAGGUCCUCGUCAAUCCCUCGUAAAGUGAAGGAAACGUUGAACUAGAAGCAGACCUUUUUCUCAAGAAGUUGGUCUUAGAAACCUGUACUUUUGGUUUCAAAACUCACUAAUUCAGGAAGUCUGAGGACGGGCGACACGUCCCUUAAGAGUACCUCACAAGAAGGUGAGAUGAGAAAGAUCUUUGAAUAGAGGCAUAAGAGGCAUAGGUAUUGGCUGGGGUAGUUGUCGUAAACUUGAUAAGGUGGCCCGAACCUAUUUAUAUGCCUGUUGGUCAUGUUUUUUAAUCGCGUUUUUUGGCAGGAAAGAUUCCUACGAUUUUUGGAAUCUGAAGAAUGAUUGAACUUUAAGAAAAUGUUAUUGAUUUUCUUGAGGUACAAAAGUGUUUAUAAUAUCGGUCUCUAUUGACAACAACAACAAUAACAACAACAACAAUCUUUAUUGUACUCACUCUUGCUCAAAAAUAAAUUACAACAAUGAAAAUAUUGAAAGUAAAAAUUUGAGGCUAGCGGAGCCAGGCAGCCAGUUGACAUCAGCAUUAAAUAAAAUUAAAUAACAGGUCAGCAAGAAAACUGAAGCAAAAAUGCACACACAAAAAGAAAAAGAAAAAAAAGGAGAAGAGGAAAAACGCUAUUUCUACGCUAUGAAGGAAGUCUGAAAUAGUUAAAUUUAUAAACGAAUACAAAACAUAAAUAUAAGAAGAACUUGAAAAGGUGACAGAAUUUAACAAAAGACUAAUUUACAGGUAAUUUGGGAAACAGCACAACUGCUAAUAAGGAUAUAAGUAACUAAUAAUCUUUGACAAGAUCGCUUUUUACUGAUUCCUUGAAGUUUGAAAUAGAGAAGGUUUUCAAAUUUUCACUAAUUGAGUUCCAUACUUUGGGGCCCAUAAAUCUUAAGUUAAAUAUUCCACAAUUUGUUCUUACUUUAGGUAAAGUAUGGUAAAUAUAAGUAUAGUAAAGUAUUUAGGUAAAGUAUAUCUAUUGAAAACCUCGUUUUUACAAAAAAAUGUAAAUAACUCCGAAAUCCCCCGACAGAUUUCUCCUAGUAUUAUAUCUGCUAGUUUGGUGGCAAUCGUGUCCUUCUCUCAUGAUGCACUGCAACUUUCACCAUCUUCAGUAGAGGGGGCUAUUAAUUCAAAUUGACUGAAAUAAAACAGAACGUUUUUUUUUUUUUUCAAAAAGAAAAGGCAGACAAAGCAAAAAAAACAGAAAGAGGUCGCUUAAACUUCACGCAAGUUCAGCAGUUUUCUUUAUUUUUAUUUGAACCAGCAAGACCUUGAGCUGGAGAGACGUGCAGCAUAUCAUCAUAAGGAGUUCAAGAGCGGAUAGCAAAAUACUCAAAGCAAUGGACUGGAUCACGAAUGGUGCUAAUCUUACAGGUAGAAUUUAUGGUUUUCUACUUAGAAACGUGUACAGUGAAACCUUAUUGAAGCACCCGUAGGAAACAGCUACAUGACGGAAAUAGGCACACCGAAGUAACUUAUAAAGCCUACUUAAAUGUUUACAUUGACAUAUUACGUGAUGCUUAUCUUAAUAACAAAUACAACAGUGUAUGCUUCGGCACUUGUCACACUUAUAGACGAUUUUUGCACUCGUUAGUGCAAGAUUGGUGCAAGGAUGGCUUAGUGGUAAGAGCAGUCGUCUCCCACCAAUCUGCUCAGGGAUGGAAUCCUGGAAGCGACUCCAUAUCUGGGUUGAGUUUGUUGCUGGAUGUCGCUUUUGCUUCAAGAGGGUUUUUUCCCGGUCCUCCUGUUUUUCCCUCCUCUCAAAUUACGGCUCUGUUGAAAUUUCAACUUACUGUUAUUUGCAGUCAGUAAUUACGUUGGAUUUGGCCUCAUGGAUGCCUACAGACUAGUUUCCUAUGCCAGGAGCUGGGCAACGGUGCCACCACAACUCAUGUGCACCAUAUCGAAUACACAGAUAAACAGGUUGGUGUGUGUCAAUGUGCGUUGAUACUUUAAGGUAAAACGGUUAGCAGUUAGAGCGUUAUGAUAAAAACUGGUUUAUUUUUAGGAAUUUUAGUUUUAACGCGUCUACUCUAGUUAGAUUUUUAUCAAAAACUUUAGCUAAGUACAUGUAAUGUAAAUAGUUGGAAAUUCGUGUUAUUACCAUUCGAUGUAAAUCUUUAAUUGAUUACUUUUGUUUUUAUGAAUUCUGUUAAGGGCUAUUAAGCUACUGGAAAUAGCGCUAUAUAAAUUUAGUUUCUUCUUAUUGUUAUUUAUAUAACUUCAUGUUUGAAAUUGAAUACUUCUUUGCUGAGGAUAUCAAGCAGUUUGAUGUUGAAUACUUUAUUUAGGCAUGACGCUUUACCUUUCAACCGAUUUGGAGCCACACUAAUAAACUUCGAGGCAGUUUUUUGUUACCCUUUGUGAAAUACAAAUGCUCUUGCGUGUUCGUUUUUUCCUUACCAGUUCUAAACAUAAAUAAAACAAAAAGUAAUACACGCAGAUUUACGCAGAUUUGUUGCUAGAAAAGCAGUAACAAAUGGGGAUGCCGGAGGUUAUGAAAAGGACUGCAGUUUAAGCUUUCGUUCGCUGUCGAGUGCUCUCAGGAUUCGCUACCAGCAUUUUUUUCCUCUGGGAAUUCGAAAGUUAUUAUUUUCUGUUGAAACUGAAGUCUAGCGGGUAACCUCUUAAAACCUCAGCAAAAGCAGGACCAGACUGGGUUUCAUGCAGUCAUAAUCGAGUGGGUUUGAGCGAAGGUGUAUUAAUUUGACCGGUAGUUAAUUUGGGGAGGGAGGGAGACUAAUAGAAGAGAGUAAGAGAGGCCGAGCACAACGGAUCGGAAUCAAAUUGUCAAGUUUAUGAAUUUACCACGUCCAAUCAAUUGCGAGUUUCACUUGUAGAGAACCUGCACUUUAAUAUUCCUAUUUUCCUAAAUUUCUGUUGCAUGUAUUAACAUACAUCCUUCUGAACAUAGAUGCACUUAGUUACAAUCAUUGGCUUCCAUUUAUCCACUAGAAAGUAUUAAGUAAGCGUUAAAAGGAAUACACAAAAAUUAUCAGACUUAAACCGUACACAUAUAUUGUCUUGCAGUACAUCCACAACUUGCCAAUUUCUACAACUGAUAUUCUUUCAAGCUACACUAAGGAACUACUAAUGCGAGAACAAAAGUCUGCUGCAACAGUUACCAGGAAUAUGAAAACAUAAGUAUCUUGUUGAAAAUAAGCGUAUCUUCCCUGGACAAAUUCAUAAACUCGCUUUCAUAACCAGCCAUGACAACAUCGUUUAGCCUUAAAAAUGAACUACUGAUUCUGAUUCUUCUUAAUUACCGAGACAAAACAUUAAGCUUAUUAAAUUAGGAAAAAGAGAGUAUUUUUAUACCUUAAUCGUGCGCCACGUGAGUAACUUGAUAUCUGACACGUAAACAAAUCAUGAUCUUGAAUCUUCAAUGAAUCUUAUUUCUCGUCUUUAACUUUAACAUUACAGUUUUAGUCAACAAACGAAACCGUCCGAAAGCAGCUCUUGGAUUUUUCUCUGCUAAACGCCUCUAAAUGCGAUUUGUUGGAGUUGACUACUAUCUACUUUGGGCUCAGUCGUUUUAACCAAGUCUGCGAAACCUGGCGUGUAAAUAAACACCGAUAUAGAACACACCAGUACUGUUGGCCUUCCAAUAAAUUCAGCCUUGUUUUUCAUGGUGCUUGUUAUUUGAAACACAUUCCUGGUUGAUUGCAUGACUUAAAUGGAGAAUUCCAAAACAUGGUCAAGGUUGUUGACCAAAAAAGAAAGAAAGAAAAGAAAAAAAAUCUUUGUUAUACUCAUUGAUUGAGUCGGUUAAAGAUAGCAGGAGUACCUGAAAAAUAAACUUUUCGCUUAUAAAAAAUACGUACCCCUAAGUAAAUCACCUGACGUACCAGCAGCCAGGAGAAUUUCAGCUUAGUGCUGAUCCGUCAAAUUUCAUUAGUUCAGUACGUAUUGUUGUCCUCCUACAAAACGAAAAUACAUCUUUUCAGAUAAUUGGCUCAUUGAACAGCACAAAAAACAACGACAGCAGAGGAAAACUGACCAUUAAGGAUGCCAAAGACCAUAGAAAUUGAUUAAAUCGUUCCUGAUAAAAAACGCGAUUCAAAAAAGGAUCAACACAGAUGUUACUAAGUUUUGGGCGACCCUAAGCACCUUAAUUUGAAGUCCCGACAUUUUUGGGGGGGUUAAUUUGCAAUUGCUUAAAUGGCAAUUAUCUGUGCGAUGAUCAUAUCUUCAUUUAAAUUAAUACGCAUUUUGACGAAAAGAAUACCAAAGAAACAAAUAGCCCCAAAAAGUAUUCAAAAAAGUAUAAAAACAUAUUGGAAUUUACGCAUCAGGCUUGAAUCGCCUGAAAUUUGUCACGCAUUAAACACUGAAAACGUAAAAAUGCUAGGGAAAGCUGGCUAGUUUGCGACUUAAAACUACUGGCGAUGACGUUUGUUCUCAUGUUAAAAGAACAUCCUUUCGCGUCAGCUGCGGAUUUAAUGCUGUAUCUAAAGAGAAUAACGAUUAAACCACUAGAAUAGAAUGAAAGAAAGAAUUUGCCAAUUUCGCGUUGCCCUUAAUAUGUAUUGUUACGUAUUGUUUGUGCUUCCCCUCCCCCUCUUUACUGAAGACAAAGCUUAUGCAUGUUUUUGGCGGAAGUGUAGGGGGACGGAGAGCAAAGUGUAUUAUAGGCUAUGGAGAAGUGGCCAAAAUAACUCUGCAGAAACGGUUUUUCUUAUUGUAGGGUUAUUCCAUCAGUGGAUUCUCUAAACGUGUUGGCAGAAGUCUUUAAAUAUAUUUGUUUUUCACUUAACCGCUUGCAUGUUUCAGAACUGUUCCGCGUUUACAAAAGGAGCCACAGCCAUAUCACCCUGCAAGCAGAGCCUUUAUUCGCUUGCUCGAUUUUUGUCACCAAAGACUCUGCAUCAAUCGAGCAAGAUCUUUAUUGAGAAUGCUCGCACUCGGAAAACCAGUUUGGCGAGAGAAAACAAGAUCAAAAAGUUCGGGUUGCGGUAACUUCAAAAUCUUGACGCGAUUCAGACAGAGUCUUCUUUUCUACCCCUUGAUCAAGAAGACAAAAGGAGGCUCUGCUGGCAGGGUGCAAACAUAUGUAUGAACUAAUUUUUUUUUUACACCAGGGUUAUUCCGUCAGUGGAUUCUCUGACAGUGGCUUCUUCGUUAGAGAAUUUGCAAGCUAACUGUUAUAGAAAGAACAUAAAAUAUCUAGAACAUGUUCAGGUGGAAAUAAGUCUCAAUUUCACACGUCGAGGAGACCUGGAAGUGAAUCUAACAUCACCGUUGGGGACGACCUCGCGGCUUAUUCAGUAUCGUCCAAGGGACAAUUUCAAUAUCUUGAAAAACUGGAAAAUCUUGACAUUACAUCAUUGGGGCGAGAAACCGAUAGGAGUCUGGAAGCUCACUCUAAGAAAUUCACAACCUCAACGGAGGAACACAGGCAUGUUUUUGUUUUGUUACAUUAUUUAU